AUGGUCACGAUGACCGCUGCCAACGGGAUUCUCAAACAGCAUUCAAAACAGAAAAGCUCAAAAAGCCAAGAUGUUAAAGUGAAUGGACAUCAGAAGAAGAUCCAGAAACAUGGCCCGGGGAUCAGCGUUGCCUCCAGGCAGCCGAGGCACGAGGUGUUUGAGCAGGCGCCCAUGUACGUGGCAGUCAUGACUUACCUGGGCUUCGGCCUCGUAACCCUUUUUGGCUACUUCAGAGAUUUCCUCAGGGCUGUGGGCUUAGAGAAGUGCCACCAGGCUCAGGAGAGAGCAGAGCAGAAGGAUUUUGUGCCUUUAUAUCAAGACUUUGAAAACUUCUAUACUCGUAAUCUGUACAUGAGGGUACGGGAUAACUGGAACCGUCCGAUAUGCAGCCUGCCAGGACCUGUGUUUGACCUCAUAGAGAGAGUUUCUGAUGACUACAACUGGACAUUCAGGUUUACAGGGAAGACCAUACCAAAUGUGAUCAAUGUGGGAUCAUACAACUACCUGGGUUUCGCAGAGAACAAUGUGGAUUUUCUAAAGACUGUGGCCGAGAAAACACAACAGUUUGGUGUUGGAGUGUGCAGCACCAGACAGGAAAUGGCAAACCUGAGUCUGCACCAGGAGCUGGAGCAACUGGUGGCCAAUUUCCUUGGAGUGGAGUCCUCCAUGACCUUUGGAAUGGGCUUUGCUACUAACUCAAUGAACAUCCCUGCACUUGUUGGGAAGGGCUGUCUGAUCCUGAGUGAUGAGCUUAACCACACAUCGCUCAUAUUAGGAGCCAGACUGUCUGGAGCAACUAUACGGGUGUUCAAACACAACAACAUGCACAGUUUGGAGAAGAUGCUUCGAGAGGCAAUUUGUUCAGGGCAACCUCGGACCCACAGACCCUGGAAGAAGAUCUUAAUCAUGGUAGAAGGCAUCUACAGCAUGGAGGGCUCGGUGGUGCGCCUCUCAGAGAUCAUCGCCUUAAAGAAGAAGUACAGAGCUUACCUGUACUUGGACGAGGCUCACAGCAUCGGAGCAGUGGGGCCGACGGGCAGAGGGGUCACCGAACUCUUCAACGUCAACACUGCAGACGUGGACAUCAUGAUGGGCACUUUCACCAAGAGCUUUGGGGCCUGCGGAGGCUACAUCGCAGGCAACAAGGUGCUUGUGGACCACCUGCGCAGACAUUCCCACAGCGCGGUCUACGCCACUGCCAUGUCCCCCCCUGUCACUGAGCAGGUUAUCCGGGCCAUGAAAUGCAUAAUGGGCAAAGACGGGGGCAACGAAGGGAUAAGACGCGUGCGCCAACUGGCAGAAAACACCCGGUACUUCAGAGCCAGACUGAAGAAGAUGGGCUUCAUCAUCUAUGGAAACGAUGACUCGCCUGUAGUGCCCAUCCUGCUCUACAUGCCCGCCAAAGUGGUUGCCUUCGCUCGGGAAAUGCUAGAGCGGAGAAUCGGUGUGGUGGUGGUGGGAUUCCCUGCAACUCCGAUCACUGAGGCCCGGGCGCGCUUCUGUCUGUCCGCGGCGCACACCAGAGACAUGCUGGACCUGGUGCUGCAUCAUAUGAAUGAAGUGGGGGAUCUGUUGUGUCUGAAGUUUUCACGGCGGAAUCUCGGUGUCUGUGACGACGUGGAACACGAGACUCACUGA